UCAGCGGGCCGUCUGCGCAUGCGCGACGGGGUGGAGGCCAGAGGUAGCCAUGGCAGGCGGGCGGCGCUCUCGGGGCCCGGCGGCCCAGGGGCUCCUGGCGGCGAUGGCGCUGCUACUCCUGCUGCUGGCGGGCCAUGGGGCCCAGGCGCUCUACUUCCACAUCGGAGAGACCGAGAAGCGCUGCUUCAUCGAGGAGAUCCCGGACGAGACCAUGGUGAUCGGGAACUAUCGGACGCAGCUGUGGGACAAGCAGUCCGAGUCGUUCCUGCCCUCCACGCCGGGCCUGGGCAUGUUCGUGGAGGUCAAGGCCCCCGACGGGAAGGUGGUUCUCUCCAGGCAGUACGGCUCCGAAGGCCGCUUCACCUUCACCUCGCACAGCCCGGGCGAGCACCAGAUCUGCCUGCACUCCAACUCGACCCGCAUGCCGCUCUUUGCGGGCGGGAAACUGCGAGUGCACCUAGAUAUCCAAGUUGGGGAGCACACCAAUAAUUACCCAGAGAUUGCAGCCAAGGACAAACUGACCGAACUGCAGCUACGAGCCAGGCAGCUCUUGGACCAGGUGGAACAGAUCCAGAAGGAACAGAACUACCAAAGAUACCGUGAGGAGAGAUUCCGGAUGACCAGUGAGAGUACCAACCAACGGGUGCUGUGGUGGUCCAUUGCCCAGACCAUCAUCCUUAUCCUCACAGGCAUUUGGCAGAUGAGACAUCUCAAGAGCUUCUUUGAAGCCAAAAAAUUGGUUUAGCCUUUCUGACCAUACAGGCACUGUCAUUCAACAGCUUCUUGUUUUCAGCUUCCAUUGAACGUAUCUUGACUCUUCCAGGGUUAGAGCUGAGAUGGAAACAACCUAAAACAACCUUGGACUAGUGCUUGUGAUCUUCCUCUCCGCUGAGAGGGAUACCCUGCCCAGAGAAGUCUCUCACAUGCCACCUCAUUUUUUAUUUUUUGUUUUGCUGUGUUGGAGCAAGAGCAGCUGGGAAAAUCUCAAUGGCCAACACCUUCAUGGACAUCCCAGGGGAGAUAAUUACUUUCUAAGAGAUUGAACAGGCUCAUUUUUAAAAAAGAACGUGCUGUCUUGUUUCUUGGUUCUGAUUGCUGGGAGUGACUUUAAAAGGUUCUGUUCUGGUGGUCUCCAUCAUUCUUUGUUCUUAACACAAGGCAUUGGGGCAGCCCUUGAAGUGGAUAACUUCCUAGAAGGGAAAGGGGGGAAAUUAAGUUUCUACCAAACCUAGGCUUGGGGUGGGUGGCAGCUAAUACCUACAGGACCUUGAGGGCUGCUUAGAGCAACACCAGUAUUUAGUCCUCCAGUCUUCCUCCAACAACAGGAACAAAUAGUCUUCAGCAACAUCUUAUCCACCAUCUCUUGUAACCCUCCCCAGUUUCCAGCACAGGCUGGAAGAUCUUUGCCUUGUGUAGAUAGUCAUUCUGAAAGAGUAAUUUACAAAGGCUCCGGGGUUGUUUUAGGCGCUGGCAUUCAGGGCCCCUAGACUUCCUGCAGAUGAGCAUGAGUGAGUGUAGCUUCUUUAAAAGCACAGGGAGGGCAUUUUGCAGCCCUGGCACUGCCUCUAAUGUAGAUGGCAGGAAGCUUGCUAGGUGGCAGCCUUAAGCUGGCUGGCAUUUAUGUGCCACGGAGCUUCUUGGAAAUGCAACAUUCUCCUCCCCUGGGUUUUUUCCCUUGGCUGCUAAGGUAAAUUCUUAAUAACAUUGUUCCUUGUCACAGUUUUGGAGUGAAGUAAAAAAUUUUGCAAAAGGA